AGCAUUGAAUGGUAUAAUACUAGUUUUGUACAAAUUUAUUUUAAUUUUUUAAAUAAUAUUCUUAGCAGAAACAACAUCAUGUCUACCGGAAAUUUAGCACUUUUAAGCGUUUCUGAUAAAACAAAUCUCUUGCCAUUUGCUAAAAAGUUACACGAAUUAGGAUUCAUUUUAAUUGCAUCAGAUGGGACAGCAAAAUCUUUGAGAGAUGUUGGUCUUCCAGUGAAAGAUGUUUCUACUAUCACAGGAGCACCUGAAAUGCUUAAUGGAAGGGUUAAAACCCUUCAUCCUGCUGUUCAUGCUGGUAUAUUAGCUAGACUCACAGAAUUAGAUCAACAAGAUCUUCGUAAACAGAAUUAUGAGCUUAUUAGGCUUGUAGUAUGUAAUUUGUAUCCAUUUAUGAAUACAAUUGCAAAACCAGAUGUAGCAAUUGAGGAUGCAGUAGAAAACAUAGAUAUUGGCGGAGUAACUUUAUUACGGGCUGCAGCUAAAAAUCAUAAUAGGGUAACAGUGGUUUGUGAUCCAAAUGAUUAUGAGAAAGUUGGAAAAGAGAUGGAAUCAUCUAUUAACAAAGAUACUUCAUUGAACACAAGACAAGUAUUAGCACUUAAAGCAUUUACUCAUACAGCAGAGUAUGACAAUGCCAUUUCAGAUUAUUUCCGCAAACAGUAUAGUGCAGGUGUCUCUCAGUUAACAUUGCGAUAUGGAAUGAAUCCACAUCAAAAACCAGCACAAAUUUUUACUACUUUGGAUCAGUUACCAUUAAUUGUGGUAAAUGGUUCACCAGGUUUCAUUAACCUCUGUGAUGCAUUAAAUGGUUAUCAGUUAGUAAAGGAGUUAAAAACAGCAUUAGGUUUACCAGCUGCAACAUCCUUUAAGCACGUUAGCCCUGCUGGUGCUGCAAUUGGUGUACCAUUAGAUGUAGUACAAGCAAAAUUAUGUCAAGUGGAUGAUUUAUUAAACCAACUUACACCAUUAGCAACUGCUUAUGCACGUGCACGAGGAGCAGAUAGAAUGUCAAGCUUUGGAGAUUUUAUAGCAUUAUCUGAUCCAUGUGAUGAAAUUACAGCUAAGAUUAUAUCUAGAGAAGUUUCUGAUGGUAUCAUUGCACCCAGUUAUUCAGACAAUGCGCUUCAAAUUUUGAAAAAGAAAAAAAGUGGUGCAUAUUGUAUUCUUCAAAUUAAUCCAAAUUAUGUACCUUCUCCAAUAGAAUCCAAAGUUUUGUUUGGUUUAACUAUGGAACAAAAACGUAACGAUGCAGUUAUUAAUAAAGAUACAUUUUCCAAUGUAGUAACUAAAAAUUCGGUAGUUCUUCCUGAUUCUGCUGUGAGAGAUUUAAUAGUAGCUACCAUUGCUUUAAAAUAUACGCAAAGUAAUUCAGUAUGUUAUGCAAAAGAUGGACAAAUAAUUGGAAUUGGUGCAGGACAGCAAUCAAGGAUUCAUUGUACAAGACUUGCUGGAGACAAAGCUGAUAAUUGGUGGCUCCGGCAACAUCCUGAAGUUACUAGCAUGAAAUUUAGGAAAGGUGUAAAGAGAGCAGAAAUUUCAAAUGCUAUUGACAACUAUGUAAAUGGAUCUAUUGGAAAAGAUAUGGAUGAAGCUAUGUGGGCUGCUAUGUAUGAGAAAGUUCCAGAAAAGCUCUUAGAAAGUGAUAAAUUGGAAUGGAUAAAAAAAGCAGAUAAUGUUGCUCUAAGCAGUGAUGCUUUCUUUCCAUUCAGAGAUAAUGUGGAUAGGGCUAGAUUGAGUGGUGUUAAAUAUAUUGCAAGUCCUUUUGGUUCUACAAAUGAUGAGGCAGUAAUACAAGCUUGUGAUGAACACAAAGUGGUAUUAGUUCAUACUAAUAUUAGACUGUUCCAUCAUUAA